AGUCAUGAAACGAAAGAACUGAAGAACCGAGAAGGCGAGGAAGACCUCGUGUCGGCCACCAGAGUAUAGUGUGAAGAGGCUUAAUAGAGAGACACAACCACGAGCUGAUUGCUCCUUUCAAGUAUACAAUUCGCUUUAUCGCUUGCUUAACUCUCUCUCUCUCUCUCUUUCUCUGAAGCAUCGAGACAACUGCUUGUGGACAAGCCGCUGCUUAGACUGUAACUCCCCCUGCUCCCUAAGUUGUAUCUCUCAUUCAUUUGAUGCUUUCCGUCGCAGCUCAAACAUCGCAGGUUUCCGGAUAGAUCGCCGUUGUUAACGACUUUUCCCGUUUGCUUGGCGCCUUCUUCUUGGAGGAUUCCGCCUCCGUUUUCAGUGCUUCUUUACCUCCUUUCGGUUUCCCCCUUUGUUUACACUUGCAGACCACCAAAAUCACCGAGAAGUUUGUCGAUGCAUACUUGUCCACUUCAGUCGACAUCUCUUUUGGAGCUUGUUCGCAUUUCCCACAAAUCUUCCGUCCCUUAAGUUCACUUUGGACUUUGGAGGUUUCUCCUUAGUAAUCUUUCUAGAAAUAACUACAUUUUGGAGCUUUGUCUUUGGGAUUUCUGCCGGUAAACUUGAGUAUAAUCUCGCUUUCCAGUUUCCAACUCCCGUGGCUUUCAGCUUUCUUAUUUUGCAAAUCUGUAUCUUACCAAAAAUAGAAAAAAGGGGCUAUUCACUUCAUCUGUUUGUUUCUUCCAUUUAUAAGUCUUGAGUUCUUAGUUUCUUAUCCUGCCGUCCUGCGCCGCUCUUCAUUUUUCAUAAGAUUCGUAGUGAUCUCUCUUGCUAUCGUAAAUAAUUUAUUUUCAUUAACAAAGGAAACCUUUGUUUCAUUCGUUUCCUGUCAUUAAAACUUUUCUCAGACGAUCGUAGUUUCCGUCAGGCAGGUUCCAAUCACACUCACACCCUCCACACAAAAGUGAGGGAAAAGAGGGAAAAAAAUGCUUCGAUAUCUCCUUUCCCUACUAUGCUUUUCGUUCAUUGUGCCAUUCCUGAAAUCUACGUCCGCCGCCGGCGACGUGAUAACAUGCUCCGGGACUGUACCGAUGAGAUACCGGAGCGAUAAGAUCUCUAUUACCGACUUCGGAGGUGUCGGUGAUGGGAAUACGUUGAAUACGCAAGCGUUUCGGGCAGCGAUAUAUCGGAUUCAACAUCUCAGGAGGAGAGGCGGCACGCUUCUCUACAUACCUCCAGGCGUUUACCUUACCGAGAGCUUUAACCUGACCAGUCACAUGACUCUGUACUUGGCUAGGGAUGCCGUCAUUAGAGCUACUCGGGAUACAUGGAAUUGGCCCUUGAUAGACCCCUUGCCUUCUUAUGGAAGGGGGAGGGAACUGCCUGGAGGGAGGUAUAUGAGUUUUAUCCACGGGGAUGGGAUUCAUGAUGUAAUCAUCACAGGUGAGAAUGGGACAAUUGAUGGCCAAGGUGAUGUUUGGUGGAACAUGUGGAGGCAAAGAACACUCCAGUACACAAGACCAAAUCUCAUUGAAUUUAUGAAUUCGAAAGACAUAAUCAUUUCCAAUGUGAUUUUCCGCAAUUCUCCCUUCUGGAACAUCCAUCCUGUUUAUUCCAGCAAUAUUGUUAUCCGAUACGUCACCAUUUUGGCUCCAGGUGACUCGCCCAACACUGAUGGAAUUGAUCCAGAUUCCAGCUCCAAUGUUUGCAUAGAGGACUCGUACAUUGCUACAGGAGAUGAUAUGGUGGCAGUGAAAAGUGGGUGGGAUGAAUAUGGCAUUGCCUAUGGCCGUCCUAGCUCCAACAUCACCAUCCGGCGGGUGACAGGUUCAUCCCCAUUUGCUGGAAUUGCAAUUGGAAGUGAAACCUCUGGUGGAGUGGAGAAUGUCUUGGCGGAGAACAUAAAUCUAUAUAAAAUGGGUGUUGGUAUCCAUAUAAAGACAAAUAUUGGCAGGGGCGGUUUCAUAAGAAAUAUUACAGUAUCAGAUGUGUACAUGGAGAAUGCACGAAAAGGAAUAAAGAUUGCAGGGGAUGUCGGGGACCAUCCAGAUGACAAUUUCAAUCCCAACGCUCUCCCUGUUGUCAAAGGGAUUACGAUCAAGAAUGUGUGGGGUGUGCAGGUUCAGCAGUCUGGGUCGAUACAGGGCUUGAAGAAUUCACCGUUUACAGAGAUUUGUCUCUCCAAUAUCAACCUUCGUGGUGUGUUGGUGCCAGGAACUACCCCAUGGAAGUGCUCUGAUGUCAGUGGGGCUGCUUUUGAGGUAAGCCCCUGGCCGUGCUCGGAACUAAUCAGCAAAAGUGGGACUGGUUCCUGUUCGGUUCCUUUUUGAGAUAAUGUACAACUCUGAAUUUGUUCGUUUGGCAACAGAAGGAUGACUAUUUAAUUGAAAUGAGUCUGUGUCAAUGCAAUGCAGUCUUGUAACUCUGUUGAUCCUAUACAAUGCAAAUGCAAUGUGUUGACUUGAAUGACAAUCCAAUUAGUGCAAA